AUGAGCAGCGCCGCCUCCAAGUACGUCGACGAGCACCACGGCUUCGGCACCACGGCCAUCCACGAGGGCCAGGCGCCGGACGAGCACACGGGCGCCGUGGCCGUGCCCAUCACGCUGGCCAGCACCUUCGCGCAGGCGUCUCCGGGCGUCGUGGCCGGCCGCGGCCAGCCCAACUCGUUCGGCAAGGGCUGGGAGUACUCGCGCACGGGCAACCCGACGCGCGGCGCCCUGGAGCGCGCGCUGGCUGCGUGCGAGAAGGGCCGCUUCGCCGUGUGCUACUCGUCGGGCAUGGCCGCCACCACGGCCGUGACGCACCUGCUCAAGCAGGGCGACCACGUGCUGUGCAUCGACGACGUGUACGGCGGCACCCAGCGCUACUUCCGCCAGACGGUGCACCCGACGUACGGCAUCGACUUCGACUUCACGGACAUGGGCGACCUGGCCAAGGUGGAGAAGCUGCUGCGGCCGGGCAAGACCAAGCUCAUCUGGAUCGAGAGCCCCACGAACCCGACGCUCAAGGUCACGGACAUCCGCGCCGUGUCCGAGUUCGCCAAGAAGCACGAGCUGCUGGUGGUGGUGGACAACACGUUCAUGUCGCCGUACUUUCAGAACCCGCUGACGCUCGGCGCUGACAUUGUCGUGCACAGCAUCACCAAGUACAUCAACGGCCACAGCGACGUCGUGGGCGGAGUCGUCAUCACCAACUCGGAGGACAUCAACACCAAGCUGCGCUUCAUCCAGAACGGCAUCGGCGCUGUCCCCGCCCCGUUCGACUGCUACAUGGCGCUCCGAGGUCUCAAGACGCUGCACGUGCGCAUGGCCACCCACGCCAAGAACGCGCAGGCUGUGGCCGAGUAUCUGGAGGCGCACCCUGCCGUCGAGAAAGUGUGCUACCCGGGUCUCAAGUCGCACCCGCAGCACGAGAUCGCCAAGAAGCAGGCGUCGGGCUUCGGCGGCAUGGUCACCUUCUACGUGCGUGGCGGCCUCGAGAAGGCCCGCGCCUUCCUCGAGAACCUCGAGAUCUUCACGCUCGCGGAGAGUCUUGGUGCCGUCGAGUCGCUGGCCGAGUCACCCGCCAUUAUGACUCACGCCUCUGUGCCCCCUGAGGUCCGCAAGGAGAUCGGCAUCUCCGACAACCUCAUCCGCCUCUCGGUCGGCAUCGAGGGCCUGCCGGACAUCAUCGCCGACCUGGAGCGCGCCCUCGCUGCCGAGCCCAAGGCUUCCUCGUAG